AUGUCUGCGGAAGUAAUUACUCCAAGUUUAUCUGCAAACGAUGAUAAUAUUGACUUUAUUUCCAACACAAACACUCCGAUUGUGUUCGUUGUAGGAUUCUUAAGCUGCAGCGAAAGAUUUCUAGAGCCUGUUAAGCGGACUUACAAAAGCUUACAGUAAGAUUAGAAUCUCAAAAAUUUGGUUUUAUCAUGGUCAGAAAUAAUAUUAAAAUUUCAGAUUCGAAACUCAUGUCCAUAUCCCUGUUAUGUACCACAAAUACAAGUUGGAAAGGGAUGAUUCGAAAGCGACUUGUUUCAUGGAUGAUAUCUACCUCCCAAUCGUUUCAAAGAAUCCCGCAAGACCAGUGUUCUUUCACAGUUUCAGUCAUAAUGGAGCAACUUUAAUUUGCUUACUGUGGAAGUUGCUGAACGAAAGCCAAAAGAAACAAGUGAAGGCGGUUGCUUUUGACAGGUAAGGGCAUAUAUACGAACAUAUGUAACUUCAAUGUGGUCGAGAAGCCAUAAAUUUUGAUUUUUAUUUACUAAAAUCCUCCGAAUCAUCUUUCAAAAAAGCGUUUCAUUUUAGUGCCCCAAGCCGCUUUGCCGUGAACCCCCUCUACUACGUACACACAUCCUUCUUCACCGGUUAUCCCAAGAAAUCCCAGAACACCCUCAAAUGGCUACAACAUCUUCCCUUCGCUGUCCCCAGAUUCUGCCUUUGGUCUCUUCGUUUGGCCCUCAAAUUGAAGGAUAAUUAUGGGGCAGAACUCCUCGAGUUCGACGAUCUUCCCUUUUAUCAGCUCUACUUUUUCUCCUACGAUGACACAAUGGUUUCCCCUCCUCUGAUCGAAGAAUUUGUUAUCUCUCAAGCAAGGAAAGGGAAGAAUGUGGAGAUGAAGACAUGGAAGAAUGGAUUCCAUUGUGGCCAUCAUCAUAACCACGCCAAAGAUUACGCAGAGGCCACCCGAAAGUUUGUGCAUAGAGUGAUGGCUGAGAGGAGUGUGGUGCAAGCCAGGUUAUAA